AUAAUUCAUUAAAAAACAUUUUAAAUUUUAUUUUAUUAAUAUAAAAAUCACUUAAAAAUAUUCGUUCGGUAUACCAGGUCAUUUACCCACAAAUUGUGUAAGUAACAAUUUCCUGAUUGCAUGAUGAAAUAACCAAGUCAUUUCCAUCGUAAAAAGAUUGCAAAAGUACUUUGUCGACAGAACGAUGGUUUGGAAAAAACCGGAAAUUCUGCUGACAAAGAAAAUUAACACCAGGGUACGACGAACGAAAUUUGGCAGAGUUACGACCGGGUCUCGGGCAAGAAGAGGUAACCGAAAGCAGUGCGGAAAAGCUUUGUGAAAUGUUUGCUCCAAGAAUAAUAAUAAUGUUAAUCACUAUGGUGCUAAAUCAGGCGCAGAACAUGAAGGAAGAACAAGAUUACAGAGUUGAGGUAAGCGCGGGAGCUUAUUGGAAACCACUCCCAGCGACAAGAAUCUAUGAAGCUACAGUACCAUUGACAUAUGAAACGGAAUGGACCGAGGAUACCGAUGACCACACGAUGGAUGUAGGAAAUCUCAAAUGCAGCCAAUUGCAAACGAACGAAUGCUUCGUAAUAAAUAGUAUAAAUGGACUAAAUAAAGCAUUCUUCAAAGAAUUAACUUUACUUAACGAACACUGGGGCAUAGCACCACUAAGAAACAACGAACCAUCUAAGAGAGAGAAGAGGUCUCUAGACUUUAUAGGCUCAGGAUUAUCAUGGUGUUGCGGAGUGGCAACAUUGCAAAAACUAAAUAUGGUCGAAAACUCAGAUGACGAGAUCAGGAAAAGGCUAGACACAAUGUCACAAGGACUGUCCGAUACCGUAAAACAAAUGAGCGAAAACUCCAAACACUUUCAAGACUAUGAGAAAUUAGUCGCAGCAACGUUCUCGGACACGGAGCUAAGGAUAAAGAGCAUAGAGAGGUUCACUAAACAACUGGAAAAUAAGGUGGCAAACACGACAAACGAAAAGGAAUUACUAAUAAUGACAAACCUCUAUAACGGAUAUCUAAACCUAAAAAGGAUGGUAUUACUAGUAAGGACUGUCAGGAGACAAGCUAUCGUAAAUUCAUGUAGACACCAUAAAAUACCGGCGGAAAUUGUCAACCCGCAAGUCCUAAAAAAGGAUCUGGAGGAUUUCGAGUUCCAGGAAACCGACGGCGUUGAAGGACUGGUACAAAACAAGGGAGAAGUCAGGCAUACAAGGGGGUGUCAUGUGAUGUCGCAAGGGUUGCCAACGGACGAAUGGAGGCGUCAAACCCGUAGGCGUUCCAGAAGAGGAGUCAGACAUACAUGGGUGAAGGUGUCCUAG